AUGGCACCUUCAAAGCCUGGCAUUGCUGCCGCCCUUUUACUGACCGCUGCAACCGCCUCCCCCAUUGCACAACCCUCCUACAACAUCGACUGGCAAGAAUGUAACGCGAGGAAGUACCCUGGUCUCCAAUGCGGCGUUCUCAAGGUCCCCAUGGACUGGGACAACAGCGCUGCCAGCGAUACGGUACUCCUCGACAUCACGCGCUUCCCCACGAACAGCAGCACUCGCAUCGGUAGCCUCUUCGUGAACCCUGGCGGUCCCGGCGGCCCUGCUUCAGGCAUGUGUAUCGCUGCCGCUGAUCCUAAUGGAGCCUGGACCGAUGCCAUCUUGUCGCACUUUGACAUCAUCUGUCCUGAGCCUCGCGGUGUGGGUCAGACGUCAGCCGUGAAAUGUGAUCCUGAGAUUUGGAUGGAGACUCCGUCGUAUUUCACCGAUGAUCAGGCCUCCUUUGAUACUGUGACGGCAUUCAACAAGCGCCUCGGUUCCUCUUGCUUGAACAUGACUGGACCACUCCUCGGAUACGUGGACACAAUGAGCGCGGCGAAGGAUCUGGAUGCUAUUCGUCAAGCCCUCGGAGAAGAGAAGAUGAACUACCUGGGCUAUUCCUACGGCACACAGCUCGGCUCCCAAUACGCUGAGCUCUUCCCGGACAAGAUACGCGCAAUGGUAUUGGACGGCAACCUCGACCACGGCCAAUCUGCGAUUGAGAUGUUCGUCGACGACAACUAUGCAAUGGAAGACGAAGUCCGUCGCCUCCUGGACUGGUGCGAUAACAACUCAACCUGCGCAUUCCACAACGCCACUGGCGGCGCCGUGAAAGCCUGGACAGACAUGAUCGAGAACGCGAACAAGCACCCGAUUCCAGCUCCCGGCUGCGGUCCCUCGCACGCUGGGGAGUAUACUUGCAAGCCCAACGUAACCGGCUACGACAUCAUCUUCAACCUUGAAAAUUACUUCCCAGCCCUCGAUUGGGAGGGUGUCUCUCAGAAUAUCAAAGAGGCAAUGGAUGGUAACGCGACCCAGCUUGCAAACCCCGCCCCGAAGAAUCGCGAAAACACUACCGCAGCUCUCGAAUUCUCCAAUCUCGCGAUCGGGUGCCUGGACUGGCACAUGGAUGUCAACACUAUUGAAGAACACCAAGCGCGCACCCUGCUCGGGAAAUCUAUGUUCCCGUUGACUCUGGGAUCUGGCAUGGCGCUGCAGUGGGCAACCACAUGCAUCAACUGGCCUUUCAAGCCUACGAAUCCUCAGCAUGAGCUCGACCCAGCGGCGAUGAGCCGCGCGCCGCCGAUCUUGUUGCUGCAAAGCACGCAUGAUCCGGCGACGCCACUUUCGGGCGCACAGACAUUGAUCAAGCAGAUCCCGUCGGCGGUUAUGGUUGUGCGCAGUGGGGACGGGCAUACUAGCUAUGGGCCUGGGAGCCCGGAGAUCACGAAGCUAACAGAUGCGUAUUUAGUUAACUUGACGGUGCCAGAUAAGGGGACGAUAGUGCAGGAUGUUGCGCAGAACCCUGGUGGUGGGCUUUAA